AUGACAUCUACAUACAUUUGCGAUUCCUUUGUUGGGGAUCUACCAGACGACCUUCUCUCCAAAAUCAUCGAGAUAUGUGGAAGGGAGUCCUACGCAUUCCUCGCCUCCUUUGUACGGGCGGGUCCGAGAUCUAAGAAGCUUGUAUACUCUACCAAUGUUCUCCGAGCAUGCAAUUUAAGCCCCCUUUUCUUCGAUCGCGCCAGGUGGAUGCUUUGGGAAAACGGAAGGGCACGCCGCUUCUUCGAAGCAUGUCUACGGGAGAGGAAUCCGCAAGCCAUAUACUACGAUUCGCUAGACCGCCUUGUCAACGGAGGCGAUUUUCAUGGCUGCGUUAACGGCUAG